AUGGCUACCGCCAACGAAUCUUACCAUUCUCAGUCUUGGGGUCCCCUUGACACGCUUCAAGCUUUUCCCAGUCCAUUGGAAAAGCCUGUUCCUUACUUCAUCACUGCCUUCCUCUUAUUUGUUUUCUACUUUUCCAUCCAGCAAGAGGAGUCAACACCCAGCACCAAUGUGCCCUUGCUCAACCCCAAGAGUCGCUGGGAUUUUACAGGAUUGAAGGUCAAAUGGGAUUUUGCCAUCUACGUCCGUUAUCUUGUGCUCUGGAGGGCCAAGAAGAACCCCGAUGAGGCUUACCAGGUUAUGACGGAUUGCGGCGAAAUGACCGUCUUGCCCCCGGUCCCGUAUGCCAACGAAAUUCGCAACCAUGAAGACCUCAGUUUCGACCGUGUUCUUGACAAGGCAAGUCAGAAUUUGAAUGCUGAACAAUACCCCGAUCGAAACUUCCACGCCCACCUGCCGGGAUUCGAGCCGCUCAGAGAGGCAAACCCCGACAAGAUGGUUCUGAAGCAUGUCAUCCGGACAAGACUUACUCAAUUCCUCGCCAAACUGACAGCUCCGAUGAACGACGAAACGACGAGAGCCCUUGAUGACGUAAUUGGCAACGAGAAAGAAUGGAAGCCGCUGGUGAUCAAGGAGAACAUGGUCAAGGUUGUAGCUCGUGUCUCUACUCGCAUCUUCGGUGGCGAGCAGCUCUGCCGCAACGAGAAGUGGCUGAAGAUCACCUCGGAAUAUGCCAGAACCAGCUUCUUUGCCUCUGAAAUCCUCCGCGUCUUCCCCAAGCCCCUGCGAUGGAUUGUCCACCAGCUCAACCCUUUCAGCCUCAGGCUCCAGAGCCAGGUCAAGGGAGCUCGUCAGAUCAUCAACCCCAUUGUGGAAGAGCGCCGCAGGGAGAAGAAAGCCGCCGAGGAUCGCGGAGAAGACGAGCCUGAGUACAACGACUGCCUUGAGUGGUGUGAAGAGUCAUCUGAGGAGGGCGUCGCUGACCCCGCUGUUGUCCAGCUGGCUCUCUCUUUUGCUGCCAUUCACACCACGUCUGACAUGGUCACACAGGCCAUGAUUGAUCUCGCAAAGAACCCCGAAUACUUUGAGCCUCUCCGCACCGAAAUCAUGGAGGUCGUUCGCACCGAUGGAUGGAACAAGAUGGGUUUGUACAAGAUGCGCCUCCUUGACUCUUUCUGCAAAGAAGUCCAGCGCAUCAACCCCAUCAGCAUGGUUGGAAUGCACCGUGAAGCCACCAAGCCCGUCACACUCUCCAACGGCAUCGAACUACCACAGGGAGCCCGCAUCGCUGUCAGUUGCCAACAGAUGUGGAAUCAUAACAUUUACCCGGACCCAGCCCGCUUCGACGGUUACCGCUAUCUUCGCCUGCGUGAGAGACUUGGACCCGGUAACGAAGGUGCCGCUCAUUUCGUCAGUACUACGCCCGAGCAUCUUGGUUUCGGCCACGGUCAGCAUGCCUGCCCCGGUCGUUUCUUCGCUGCCAAUGAAGUCAAGAUUAUCCUUUGCCACCUCUUGGUGAAUUACGAUUGGCGUCUGGCUCCCGAAGUCAAGACCAGGACCCAGACCUUCGGUCUUACCAACGAAGUCGAUCCGAAGGCCAAAAUCGAGAUCCGACGAAGGGACGUGGACGUGGGCGUCGGGGCCUAG